UCAGUUAACGGUGGACAGCGUCGAAACUUUUAGAACUUGCCAGUGUUAAAUUUGAUCAUGUUUACAAUACUGAAGAUUGUAGUUUUUGCAAUAUAUUUAGUGGUUACAACUGGAUUCCCAGCCAUCAUUGAUGAAGGAACAGAAAACUCUAGUGAGACCACCACUCUGCGUUAUCUGACCAAGUUCGGUUAUCUUCCACCAGUCGAUCCAACGAAUCCUGACAAGAUCGUAACCAAUGAUCAACUUGCAAAAGCUAUUAGAGACUUUCAGCAAUUUAUGGGAUUGGAAGUUACAGGCGAACUAGAUGAAGAAACCAAGGAGGAAAUGAAAAAAUCAAGAUGUGGAAUCAAGGACAAAUCUCCUCCAAGUACCAAUAGACGCUUCAAACGGUAUAAUCUUGCAGAGGGCAAAUGGGACCACAAUAAUAUCACUUACAAGGUGGUAAAGUAUCCCUCUAAAUUUCCAAGGGAUGAGACUGACAAAGCAUUCAGAGAUGCGUUUAACGUCUGGGCAAGACACAUACCCUUGACAUUUACUCGUGUAACCACAGGACCUGUCGACAUAGAAAUCAGGUUUCUAGGUGAAGACGAAACAAAUGAAGGCAACCCUGAAAUUAAAUUUGACGGACCAGGUGCAGAGAUGGCCAAGACUUACUACCCAAAAGACACAUCACCUAAGGGUGGUGAUAUGUAUUUUGAUGACGAUGAAGAAUGGACAUACAAUACUACUAGAGGGGUUAACCUUUUCCAAAUGGCAGCACAUGAAAUUGGCCACGCUUUGGGUCUCGGCCACUCAUCAGUUAGAGAAUCUCUGAUGUACCCCGCAGUUAAAACCUACAAACCAAACUUGGACCUGCACAGGGACGAUAUCGAAGGCAUCCAGAAACUCUACCCGAGAAAAGAAGAAGAAGAUGGCCUUGUUGUUCACCUCACAAUCCACAAAACACAAAGUGGCAGAAUUUUAUAAACAACCUAAUUUUAAAGAUGUUUUUUAUUGUGUUGACAACAGCGAUGUAUUAAAUAGGUAUUAUUUUGUUACCUAAUACAAAAUAAAUCAGUCAAUCAUGUUUUGAGAAUCGCUUAUGGAUUUGUUUGAUCAAUAACCACAUACAAACUUUAAAUUAAAUUAUACCAAAGAUUAAUUACAAAACUAACACAAACAGUUCAGAACUACUGUUAUAAAGUCAAAAAAUAGCUAUACAAACAGCUACUUUUUACAAUAAAACAUUCAUUUUACA